UCCAGCCCUGGAAACCGGCGCCUUGUCCCAACCGAAGCAAACUUGCCGCGUUUUAUAGCCAUACUGUUGCGCCGAGGGCUCGAGAACUGCGAAACCAAGUGAAAUGGAUGGUGUGACCGAGGACAUGUGGACGCCGUACAAGCAUCUGUACAGCGUUUUCCAGGCGGCGGUGGCCAAUCCCAGUGGCGUCACCUCGGACCUGGAGCUGUGCCUCAAGAAAUACAAACACAGCUUCACCAACUUCCUGCGCAACCCGGCCAAGAACGAGAAGAGCCGCGGCCACCUGAGGAACGCCCUCAACGAGGGCAUCCCGCUGCCGGGACAGUCGCGGAAGAUCAAACUCUCGCAGGACCUGGUCGACGAGUCCCUGAUCCUUUCGGACAUGUUCGACCUGGACGAGGUGUUCGCCGUGGAGCUGCUCUGCACCGCCCAGCGGCAGCAGCUGCACCACCCAGGUCUGCCCAGAGGCCUCGUGGCGGUGCUCCUCUACUACGACGGACGGAAGGCGAUCAGUUGCGCCCUGCGCGACAUGUUCCAGACGGUCAGCGGCGUCUCCUGGAGCACCGAGCUGCCCAGGGAGAUCACCUGCCUGGUCACCAACUAUGCCCAGAGCCUCGUGGAGGACUCCAACAUACUGGGACGCCUGCUGGAGCUGCUGGAGGAGAUGGACCUCGACAAGGAGUGCAUACUGCUGACCAAAAACCGCGCCUUCGGCUCCAAGAAGCACCAGAACCAGGUGCUGGGCCUGUACGAGGACAUCCAACGGGCACUGGCCAUGGCCCUGUUCCAUUGGUCAGCCCAGCGCGGCCUGCCGCGCCCCAUUGCCAUCCGCCUGCUGCAGCAGCUGGCCAGCCGGAAGACCACCGACGCGGACGGCAACAUCGACGACGUGACCCUGAUCAUGCUGAUGGCACUGCUGUACGCGUACGACACCUCCGUGCUACUGGUCACCGAGUUCACCAAUCCCCACACGGCCCGUCUGCCGAUCCUAAGCGACCUGGAGUUCGCCAAUAGCUUCCUGGAGGCGCUCUACGCGCAGAGCAGCUGGCAGUCCCCGCGCCUCGACGCCAUCAUCACAUACAGCUUCGGGCUAACGCUGGCCAGUCUGCGCCACGCCCCCGGGCAACUGCAGGCCGCCGCCCUGUCCACCAUCAACCGGGAUGAGAUCCUCAUCGACGAGGCUCUGGCCGCCCAAGUAUUUGGCUUCUUCUACCGCAUGUUGCUCGAGAAGGACCUGGUCUACACCACCGAGUUCAUAUACCGCCGCGUGCACCUGCUCAUCACAGACUUCAUCGACUUCAUGCACGCCAAGGUGUCGGAGCUGCGUGGUCGGGCAGACGAGUCGGCACGGACGGUGAUCAGCUUCCUGAACGAGGGCCUCGAGCCGCCGCCCAACCUGGACUCCAACUUCGAGCUGCUCAUGCUGUGCGUGGCCAAGCUAUACGGCGAUCCGCGGGUGAGCUUGAAGCUCUGCAACGAGUACUGGGGCCCCAGCGAUCCCACGGGCUCCACAUUCGGCGUUCUACUCCCCACUGCAUUCAAGAACACCUCGCGCUCGGUGUCCUUGUUCAAGUUCAUCAGCCUGGCCAGCGAGCUGCUGCCGCAGACCCUGUUCAAGUCCUACCUCAAAAUGAUUUCCGGGCUCACGCGCACCGAGUUCUCCGCGCGGUGCGCCUUCAACAUGCUGAAGCUGGCCCAAGUGACCUCCGGCACCUAUACGGUCUGUUGGGAUCACUUCUUCACCACGCUGGCCAACUACUACAAUGUGAUGCGCAACGAUUUCAACACCAACAUCAGCGUGGCCGGGGAGACCAUCUACCGCAGCCGCUCGACCCCGCGGAUCAUCACGCAACGCGAGUCGGAGCAUCUGGUCGCCGUCAUGGGCAUCAUACAGGCGGUGGCCGAGCACGACGAGAUCUCGCGGAUCAUGAUCUGCGAGCAGGCCAACUGGCAGCCGCCACAGGUGCUGCUCGGGUUGGUGGCCUGCUCCACACCGCUGCUGCUCAAGGCGGAAAUCCUGUUCACGCUGGCAGCCCUCGCGAAGUCGAAAGAGACGGCGCGCGCCAUCUGGUUCCACCUGGAGGACUCGCAGAUCAUACCCACCGUCCCGGUGACGAGCAGCUACGGACAGUGCUGUCUGGCGGAGGAGAUCGAGCAGAACGAGAGUCGCUUGGAGCAGUACAAGCUGACGCGGGGCAUUCUGCAGCUGCUGCACACACUGAUGACCGUUUAUAUGCCCAAGUCUCUGGGCGUGGGCCCCCGGAAGCCCGGCUAUGAUGCCUACCUCAAUUUUGUGGUGGAGUCGGUGCUGCUCAAGUUCUACAACCGGGCGUACAAGGAUCCCGCCGAGAAGUGGCAGGUGGGGGCAAAGUGCCUCAAACUGCUCUACUUCCUGCUGGCCACCUAUUGCCCGCGGGCCUCAGACUUCCUGGAGGCGCGCGACGACCAUCCCUACCCCGGCUACCACGUCAUGAUGCAGCUGCAGGUGAAGUCCGACAUGCUGAACCUGCUGCUGCGCAUCGUGGAGGAGGCUCGCGAGCGGCUAGACGACUACAACCGCUUCCACGGCAAGGAGCUGCUCGAGGAGUGCUCCCUGUACGCCCUCCUGCUCCUCGAAGCCGCGUUGGCCAAGCAGAACGCCUUCUUCGAGACCCACUCGGCGGCCAACUGCCCCAUCAUGCUGUCCGGACUGAACCGCAUGCUCCUGGACCUGAACCCUCGCAGCCGCAAACCCGACCACGUCCUGAACAUCGUCAAGUUUGUGACGUACAACAGCUGGCUGCCGCGCCACUCGCUGGCCGCCGUGAAGAUCCUGAGUGCGGUGACCCAGCUGCCGAAUGUCUCCGCCCAGAUCCUCAGCAUGUACGCCCAGGGUAGCAAUGAGAAGCUCGAGAUCCGGCAGGGCUUCGUCGAGUGCCUGGAGAUGGAGGUGGGCGUGGCCAAGUACAGCGACGAGCUGCUCGACCAGCUGGCCCUCAACGACCAUGUCCCAUUCCUGGGCUUCGGUGCGGACGAGGACAAGGAUCGGGAGCGGGAGGAUGUUGUGGCGGGGUCGCGACUCGACUCGAGUCUGGAGGAGGCCGCACUGGAGCGCAAGCCGCCGCGCAUCGAGCUGCAACUGAAGGAGGCCAUCGUUCAGCUGUUCGAGACGAAUCUCAGCCAGCAGCUGCCAAACUUCGUGUACUUCCUGCUCGGCGUGGACGUUCUGCGCGACUUCAUGGCCAACGAGAAGCAGCACUUGGGCAUUGAGAUGCACUGCUCGUGCGUGAACUCGCUGGUGCUGCUCCUGGAAAAGUACUUGGAGCAACAGCGCCACAGCGAGGAGUACUGCGAGCACACGACUAACAUCGUGGAGCGCAUCUACCACCUGUUCCACGGACUCUGCGCCAACCGCCGCACCACGGAGACGAUCCUGCGCUACUUCCGACUGACGUGCAACGACUUCCUGCUGCGCCACCUCAACUCCCUGCCCUUCCGCCAGCACCGCGAGGACCACGUGCUGCACGCCAUGAGCCACCUGCUCAACUGCGUCUCCAUCGACGUCAAGCUGGCGGCUACUCAUGGCCAGACGACGCGCUACAACCUGCUGUGCGACAUUCUGCUCAUGGGCAACGGCUCGGAGGCACAGCGCUCGGCCCACGGGCUGCCGAUGGAGCUCGGUCACAGCCUGAUGACGCAGUCGGCGCCCUUCUUCGCCAUGGACCUGUUGCCGGGCGGAGGAUCGAUAAACGGCUCGGGUUCUGGAUCGGGCUCGGGACCAGCAGGAGCUCCGGGAACUGGGGCCAGCGCCCUGAAGCCGCCUUUGCUGCAGGAGACGUCGCAGGGACUGCAUGCCAACAGGCUGCUCGACUGCCUCGUCCUGGAGAUUGACACGCUCAGUCAGCCGCGACUGGAGUUCUUCGACGAGCAGCUGACCAAACAACUGCUCCGGGACUGCGAGUCCUCCGCAGAAGCCGCAGCCAAUUCCCCGGCGAGCUUGAUCAACGUGCGCAAGCUUCACGACAUUCUGAACGACGAGCUGCGCAUGGUGCAGAGCACCAUCGUCAGCGGACAGCGGAAGGCCAUCUCCACGGAGAUCACGCUGCUGCUGAAGCACGCCGUCAACCUCAACCGAGUGCGCACGCAGCGCUGCGCCACGCUGGCCUUCAUGGAGGCGUGGGGCCAGCUGGUGCAGGUGCUCUUCAGCAGCAUGCCCGAGGCAGUGCUGCCGGUGGCCCUGCGACGCCAGCACAUCGUCGACAUCAUCGAGAAGAUUCUGAUCAAGGUGCAGCCCAUCCAGCCCAUCAUUGAGAUCUCGAUCCAGGUCAGCGAGACGGUGUUGCUGCUGCUGGCCAACCUGCGCUACUGCUGCUACCAGGUGGAGGACCAGCGGUUCGAGGACCAGGCCACCGACGACUCCCUGACCAAUGGCAACGCCGCCGACUCCCAGGCGACCAAGCUGAUUCUGGGGCAGAAGAGCCUCGGCCACGGACUGGCCAAUGGCUCGGAUGGCGGAGGUGCCAGGGAAAGCGGGGCCGGAGCCAACAGCAGCAACCUACGGUUCAUCCUCAAGAGCCUCGUCGAGUGGAUCAUGAUCAGCGAGGUGAAGUCGCAGAAGCUGCGCAUCAACUUGUACAGCGCCCUGCUGAAUUGCCUGCGGAUUGCGAAGCGGCUUCGCACCGACGAGCAGCUGGAGUACCAGGAAACGGUGAUAUCUCGGCAGGACGACCGCCAGCGGCUGAAGGUAAUGGCCACGGACGUGAUCGGAACGUUCGGCGAGAAGCUGAUCGACACCAUCUGCCACGACGCGGUGACCGGUCACGACGUGUGCCGGAUGCUGGCGCUGGCCUGUCUGGACAUGAUCUCCGAGCUGCAUGCGGUGAGCACGCUGAGCAACUUCGUGGCGACGCGCGGCUACCUCAAGCACAUGCUAGACAGUCUGGGCAAGUCCAGUGAGGCGCUGGGCGGGAUCCUGCAGCCAGUGCCGGAUCAUCUGCGAGCGCUCUACGUGUACGAGUCGCGGAUGGCCUUCCUCACGCGGAUGGCGAACACGAAAGUGGGCGCCCGACUGCUCCUCGCCGAGCGGGCGCUGGGUGUGCUGUCGAAUAUGCGGGUCUACGACCUGCAGCCCGACCUCAAGGCCAGCGAGCUGAAGCGGAACGAGCCGCAGGCCUUCCUGCCGGCCAUCGACGAGCGCUUCCGAGCAAUCCUGCUGCCGGCACUGGCCCUCUGCGACGCCAUCGUCAACUCGUUGGGAUCGCGCAACAACUCCGCCGCCCUGCAGGUCCUCAACUUCCUGUUCGCCCACAUCGACAUGGUCGAGGCCAUGCUGCGCACGGCCACCCCUUUCAUGGACCUGGGCCAUCUGCAGCAGCUGGCCGCCAUCACCAAUCUAUUCGCCCGCACCACUACGCACGAGGUGACCGCUCUGGAGGACAGCCUGGAUGUGGAGAACGAUCUGGAGCUGCGCAACCGUCUGGGCCGCCUGCAGCAGCUAAUGAUCGUAGUCUUUGGGCGCUUCUCCGUCAGCGAGGCCACCAUUCGGCGGAUGCUGCAGCAGGAUAAGGAGCACAGCGAGCAGGCCGAGAGCUCGAAAACCCUGCGUGUCAAGUACUUCCUGGACACUGCCGCCAACCUGUCGCUCUACUGCCGCAACGCGGUCACCAGCCAUGUCAAAGACAGCAUGACUUCCAAGUACUUGCUAACCACUAUGAUCAACGACGUGACGCCACUCACCGGCAAAAUGGACAGCAAGAAGCUGACGGCCAUCAUGCAUACAAUCCUCAACCAGCUGAAGGGCUCCAUCGGGUACUACCUCUCGCAGAAGUCCAUUGCCGACAAUCUGCUGCAACAGCGGGCCUCGCUGCCCAACAUCAGCUUUGGCCCCAACGGCAAGCAAAGCUACAUGGACUUGAGCCAGCGACAUAACGAGAAGCGCAGUGAACUGAUGCAGGCGGUCUUUAUAGCGGAGCAGAACCUGUACCUGCUGUGGAUCCAUCUGGACUUCUACCUGCGAAACGCCGUCGUCUACGCCAACGAGAACCGAAACGCCAUCAACGAGAGCAUCCUGGACAACGGCAACAACGUGUCCGUGCUAAACGCCUCACAGGACGAGAUUUUGCAGCUCAAGCAGCUGCUCAUCUCCACCUUCAACGAGACCUUCUGCACGCAGCUAAUCACGGCCAGCGAGGAGUACACGGUCAAGUGCAAGGGCUUCAACGCCUCUCUGCUCCGUCGGAUCAAAGCGCUCGUCCAGUUCGCCCCGGUCUCUGCCAACGGCGACAAUUCCACGUUCAUCUCGUAGGCGCGGACCCAUUCAACUUUUAUUUUUGGGUUGGUCUCCUUCUGCCGGUUCGUAGGGCGAUUUUGCCUUAUCGGUGUCUGAUAAACCAUCGACUGAGCGACAUAUUUAGUUUUAUAAUUCAAUAAAAUCGUGUUGAUAUUCUUAAGCGAAA